UGUUGUUUGAGAUGCACACCUAUGGCGUAUCGCCAUACAAUCAAUACAGCAAUACAACAUCAAUUGAUAGACCAACCAUUCGUAACUUUGACAUGUACAAAGCUAUCAGAGAACUUGUUUUGAAGACCCAAAAAGACGAUUUGGAAAAACUGAAGCAUCUAAAGCAUGAAAACAUUGUGAGCGUCAUUUCGUUGACAAAUCACGAUAUCAAAAACGUUGCACUGGUGACAGAGUACUCAGGACAUGGUAGCUUGUUGCAGAAAGUGUUAGCGGAAAAGCAUCUACCAGAACAGCUCGUCAGUUUUGUUGCCCAGAUAUCCCAGGGAGUACAAUAUCUACACGAUAAUAAUAUCAUCCACGGUGACCUGAGGGCAGAACACAUAAUGGUUUUUCCAAAUGAUAAGGUAAAAGUUUCACGUCUUGGUCGAUCAAAGGCUGUUGGUAAGAUACUUGAUACUAAAAGCCCUAUGCCAGAAGAUGCUGUAAGAUGGAGCCCUCCAGAAGUGAUAAAAGACGGUACUUACUCGCAUAGCAGUGAUGUAUAUUCAUUUGGUAUCGUGUGCUAUGAGUUGUUUGAUGCUCUUGAUGCUGCAAAAGAGAGUAAAACAGACGACGUCAAACCCUUCCCUACCAUCGAAGACAACCAGAUUCUGGCCCAUCUACAAGCUAACAAACGUCCAACGAGGCCACAACUUAUGCCAAUAUGGGUUCACCUUGUUGCAAAACAGUGUUUGCUGCUUUGGCCUUCUGAAAGACCGCCAUUCGUUCUUAUCGAGGAUGCCUUAACUUCCUGCAAACCCUUCGAAUCUUGCUUGCUGUAUCAUUGGGUUAAAAAGCACGAAAACGAGGCCGACAACAUUGACGUUAACGUGACUCAGUCAAUGAAAGCUAGUCAUGUGAUUCCCAAAGAAAGCCAUCAAACGUUUGAGAAGCUCCGCCAGCUUGCCGCAGUUGAGGUGUUCCUGGAUCACACUUAUGUAUACGCACCUAGAAAAAAAGACGAUGAAGAUGACGAAUCCGCAUACGAGGAGCUUCCUCUCGCCCUAAAUUCGGAAGAUUUCGUUCUUGUGACAAUCCUUGCAGCAGUAUUUUGGAUUCCCUGUAGUUUCUUGAUUUGGGAGUCAGGAAGACCAUAAAGAAUACUAUUACAGUGGUCAAGUUUUGACGAUACAAAAGCGUGUAUAAGACGUUCAGUCUCGGUCUUUCCAACGUAGUUAAGUAUUCGUCCAAUAUUGCGUAUUCCCAGUGAUGCUGCUUUGCAAACAUUAUUCACAUGUGUUGUCAACUGAAGAUGACUGUCGAGAACGACACCAAGAUCACGAGCUUCAGCUUUUGGAGAAAUGUCAUUACCAUUCAGGCUGACAGACAAUGGCAGAUGUUGACGGAAACGCGACGUGAAAUGAAGAAU